AUGGCUCUCCCCCCUUGCAGCAGUUUGCUGCAACUAUGCCCGCAUGGAAGGUCUGUGAAUUUCGUGCCUGAGGACGGACUUGGACGAGCCUCUUAUUGCGACGAGUGCCGAUUCGACCUUGUCAACAUAUCCCGGGGUAGCUCCGAGGCCAGCCAAUCUUUGACCAAAUUCGCUCAAGACUGCCUAAAGAACCAUCCCCAGUUCCGGCAGGAAGUUCUGCAGAUGGCCAGCAGGCUGGGUGAGAUGGCAUAUACUGCGGAAGACUACAGAGAGCGGCUUGAUCACGAGGAAAGCAAUAUGAGAAUCUCUAUGGCAGCUGCCCCUUCUUAUGCACCGCCGGCAUCGCCCCGCGCGACUUACUCUCAGCCCUAUUCUGGGCUUGCGUCUUCGUCGACGCUUAAUAACGCUGGUCUGUACGGCACCAACAUUGGCAUCGGCAGUGAUGUUCGAUUGCCACCAAUUACGCACGACACCAACACCGGAAUCGGCAGCGGCGUUCGAUUGCCGCCAAUAACAUGGGCGGGUCUCGAGCGCCCGAGAUCUCCGUCGCCAGAAUACCGGCCGGCAACCCCAACGCUUCGUAGGCCAACCCCAAUGGAACUUAAGGACCAUGCCUAUCCCUAUGUUCCCUUCUCUCGUCCAGCUCGCCUCAGGUCUCGGCCCAAUGAUCUUAUUCCCACGCAGCCUGCCGAGUCCCAGGGAGCACAGUCACGGAACCCAGAUGAGUGGUUUCAAUUUGAAGCUCCACCGAGUGCCCCGGCCAAUGAGAACAACCGUGGUGGAUGGGAUAACGGUGACUUUCGGGGCUUUGAUAACGGCAAUGGCCAGGACGAAGAAAGUAUCCCCGACCACGGGGACGGCGACGUACUGCCAGCGCAACCGCCGGAUGCGAAGGAACUCGACGAGUCCUCCAGCUGUUCUAGCGAGCAACAGCAGCAGCAAGAGCCCCAGCCUCAGCCUGAGACCGAACCUGAACCCGGGCCCCAGCUCCAGUACCAGCCAUGGCCCCCUAUAUAA